GCGUGGCUUCUGCUGCCCGUCAGCCUGCCUUUCACGUGUUGGGACUAGUCACUUGUCGUUUAUGUCGCAGUUCCAAUUUUUGCAGUUGGACUGCCCUUUCCUGUGCCCAAAAGUUUUAAGGUUGACAGCCGUAAGGGGCUAACACAGAGGAAGAAAGGAAGCCUCUGUAAAACCCAAAGGCGGUGUAGCCCGCACUGCCAAAUGAGACUUGGAAAAAAACCACCUCAUUCCCACUGAACUACGCCGGGAGGCUCUGGCCUUACAGAGGUCCCUGGAGUUUGAUGACGCCGGUGGUGAAGGUGUGACUAGCCACGCUGAUGAUGAGUAUCGAUGGGCAGGGGUCGAGGAUCCCAAGGUCAUGAUCACUACCUCCCGAGAUCCCAGUUCCCGCCUGAAGAUGUUCGCAAAGGAAAUGAAGCUGCUAUUCCCUGGUGCGCAGCGCAUGAACCGAGGCCGACACGAGGUGGGGGCGCUGGUGAGAGCCUGCAAAGCCAAUGGGGUGACCGACCUCUUAGUUGUCCAUGAGCAUCGCGGCACACCUGUGGGGCUCAUUGUCAGCCACCUGCCAUUUGGCCCCACUGCUUACUUCACGCUGUGUAAUGUCGUCAUGCGGCAUGACAUCCCCGACCUGGGAACCAUGUCCGAGGCUAAGCCCCACCUCAUCUUCCAUGGCUUCUCCUCUCGCCUAGGCAAACGUGUGUCUGACAUUCUCCGUUACCUGUUCCCAGUGCCCAAAGAUGAUAGCCACCGGGUUAUCACUUUUGCAAAUCAGGACGACUAUAUCUCAUUCCGGCAUCAUGUCUACAAGAAGGUAGACCACCGCAACAUAGAGCUGACAGAGGUCGGGCCUCGCUUUGAGCUGAAGUUGUACAUGAUUCGCCUAGGCACACUGGAGCAGGAGGCUACCGCAGACGUGGAGUGGCGCUGGCACCCCUAUACAAACACUUCACGCAAAAGAGUGUUCUUGAGUGCUGAGUGAGCCUGCUGGCCAUUCAGUGUGGACCUGGAAAUGAAAGGAGAGACUUGUCACAGCCAGGCUUGCUGAGCCAGCUGUGGGAUGGUGAAAGGCUCAUGGGGUCGAAAUAAACCCUCUGUGUCACUGCC